AUGUCAACCACAACGACCCAAACGCGUGUCCAAAAUGGAUCUUUUCAUAGUGCUGUGUUGAGAGAUUACGAACUUCAUCAUUCACAAAGUCGCCAAGAAACACCAGAGUCUCGUUCUGCGCCUUUAGAUCAUCCUGAGUUUGACUUGCCGCAUCGUCGAGUACCUCCUUAUCGAGCACCCAACCGUGACCCGGAGCACAUCAACGGCGUGAGAGUUUACACCAGCACGCCCGAAUUAUUUUUUAUCACUGCCAUGUUUCGAGGCUUGAGUUUCAAUGCUGGCGCGGCGCAAACUUGGAGGGCUUCGGUCGGAAGGUUUACGGACAAGGUUUGGAAGUAUCCCAUUGGCGGAGAGUUUUAG